UAACCAUUUCAAAACGAAAAAGGUUCUCGAACCGAGCAUUACAUUCCUCUUCAGUUGUAGUUUUUUUUAGCUUUUUUGGUUUUAUUUUCUUUUUGUUUUUGAGUUCGAUUUUCUCAAGUGAUUUCUGUUUUGCCAACAUGAGAUCACCAAUUCGUGAAUCGGAAUUCGAUAGAUUUAAUCAUUUAAGGAUUCCACCGUCAUCGAGUCGAAUUCUAUACGAUGUCCCGUGUAAAGUAUGCCGUGACCACAGCAGCGGAAAACAUUACGGAAUAUUCGCCUGUGAUGGAUGUGCCGGAUUUUUCAAAAGAUCGAUCAGACGCGAUCGAAACUAUGUGUGCAAAUCAAAGUCGGAAGGGAAUUGUGUCGUCGACAAAACACACCGCAAUCAGUGCAGAGCAUGCCGACUGAAAAAGUGCUUCGAUGUGGGCAUGAACAAAGAUGCGGUACAGAAUGAAAGAGGUCCCCGUAAUUCAACACUUCGACGACAAAUGGCCAUGUACAAGGAAUCGAUAAUCAACACAAACACGCCGAUAAGACAUGAAAUGAUGUUGCAUGGAAUACCGUACAGACCUCAAUUGUUGCCACCCAUGGUAUUGGAUUUAUCGGUUCAUCGACAAGCUCCGAUAAUUCCGCAUUUACCUUACAUGCCACGGCUCCUCACACAUCCAAUUCCACCACCGCCGCCACCACUAAUUGCCAUGGAAUCUGUUUACGAAGCGGCCGCACAAAUUUUCCUCGACAACGUACGAUGGAUUAAAGAUCGACUCACCACGCGUAAGCCAGACCUGCCAAUCAGCGAUCAACUCAUUAUUUUAGAGGAUUCGUGGAAGGAUUUCUUCAUCAUCGGUGCGGCGCAAGAGAAUUUUAAUUUUAAUCAGUUAAUUUGUUUCGAAACAUUGAACAAUGUGGAACGACCGGAAAAAGUGCUAUCUAUACAUAAGGAAGUGCAAGAAUUCCAAAUCAUAUUGAACAAGCUUGCAUCGCAAAAUGUCGAUCGCACCGAAUAUACAUAUUUACGUGAAAUAAUUCUGUUCACAACGGAUAAUUUGGAUUGUUUUGACGGUAUUCGAUCGAACAGUACUGGUGGUAGUCCGUGCUCAACAAGUGAUUCGAAACAUUUACGAGAAAUUAAUAGUAUCAAAGUGUUGUAUGAUGCCGCGAAAAGUAAUUUGAAAAAUUAUACGAGUACAACGCCCGGACGCUUUGAAAGUUUAGUGGAAAAAUUGUUGCCACUUUUCGCAAACGUUACCAACUACACCAUUGAAGAACUGUUUUUCCGACGGACCAUCCGUGACGGUACAAUUAUCGGUACAUUGUUGAAUGUGUAUAGAACGUAUAACUGAACUGCUGUAAAUGAAAUUCUACUUUAGUUUUGUGUUAUUACAUUACAUACUGCUAGUAAAGGUAUCAGUGAUACUAAUAAAUCGAGUCGAGCUGAGAUAAGCGAAAAAGGAACAAUUUCAGUUUGUAUAGUGCUCUAUCCACUAAUCUUAACCAGUGAUAUUUAAUUGCGAGUUAUUUCAUGUUUAUGCGCGCUCGUCCGUUGGAGAUAGAAGUGGAACGCAGUCACAAAGUCAAUAGAUUCUGGUUUGAGACCGCAAUUACAAUGUCGCAGGUGAUAUAAUUGACUUUUUCGCGGUUCACUUCUAUCUCUAAUUGGUGAACCGAGUGCGAGAGAACAGAACAGAAUAUCGAAUAUCACUGGUCGAAUGGUGGUGUCAUACCGAAAAGUGCAUUUAGAAGUAGCCCGCUAAAGUGGUAAAACGAAUAAAUUGUAGACAAAAUACUUAUCGAUAGCAAGUUUUUAAAAUUGUUUGAUAACAAUUUUUUGUAUUUAAUAUUUUAUUUUAAUACUCAACGAAUU